AUGGUUUCCUCUUCCCCUUACUUCAGCGGUAAUAAAAGGGGUAACCACAAAUCGCCUAGGCGUAAACAACCAGUCUCCGGACGAAGUGGCGGAAAACAGAAUACCAGCAUACUGAAUUUUUUCAAAAAAUCGGACGGCCCCCCGAAAUCGUCACAGAAUCGGAUAACUGAUUACACCAUCAAAGUACAAAAUAACUGGGAGAAGGAUUUCAAUACCAGAGGGGUAGAUGGCUCUGAUAGUCUCUUUUUUGAGGAGGAGGAAGGGAAACGGAAUGAUAGUAACCACAACGAAAAAGGACCUCCAAGCCUGACCAGGGCGAGGUCGGCGACGCCCUUUGAUCUGUGGGGGAAUCCUGAAGUUGAGGAAGCUUCUGGACAUGCCAGCGAUGAACCAAUGUAUAACGAAAAUGGCAACAGUGGCCAAAAAAGACGAAAAGUCGAUCACACUGGCUCUGAAAGAACAACUGCACUAGUCUCGGGGGUCUCGGAGACAUGUUCAGAAGACGUACCUAAAACGAUUCCAACUACAUCGAAAGGUUCAUACUCAACGGCUAGAUUGUCGAGUAUGAAACGUAUUGGACCCUUCUUAGAUGAAUCUGAUAGCGAAGAAGGAUCUAAUUGUUCAAGCAACAAGGAUUUUUCCCUCAGAUCCAGGACUCAUACACCGGUGCAGGAUCUCGGAUACGAGAGAGAUUUACUAACGGAUUCAUCGAAUGAGUUCCCUACCAGACCUAUGAGGAGUAGCCUUACCAUGACAACUGUCGAUGAUCCUUUCAUUAGUGAAGAUAUCGAUUCUUACGAACAGCGAAAGGGAAGGGAUUACGAUGAUAGAACUUCGAGAAAAUGUAAUGAACCUCAGGAGCUAUUUGAUAAGGAGUGCUCCAUAGAGCCAAACGGUCUUAGCAAGAGCGACAUGCUUCCUGGAAAUGAUACUGCCGUUUGUCCGAUUUGCGGCGAGAGUCUCGCUGGUAUUACUGACUACGAAGCAUCUCUGCAUGUGAACAAUUGUUUGGAUGGGGACCCCACACCCACACCUACCGAUGAACCAGUUGUAGUCGUUGAAUCAAAACGAGGUAACUCUAUUGCGGCGUUAAAGAAAGCCGCGAUUCCUCGCCCGGGACAACGAAAUCCGUUUACUAUGGAACUUAUUGAGAAGGAAACCUCAGCGUUCUCGAAAAUAAUGUCUGGCAAUGCUGAAGAUUCCGCAUGGGCCGCGGCCGCCGCCAAGGAGGAUGCCUCUAGAGGUAAACAGGCGUAUGAACGCACGUGUCCAUUUUACAAAAUCCUUCCCGGUCUUUCGGUCUGCGUGGAUGCCUUUAGAUAUGGCGCUGUUGAGGGAUGCAGUGCGUAUUUUCUUAGUCAUUUCCACAGUGACCAUUAUAUGGGGCUUACGUCUUCUUGGUGUCACGGGCAAAUUUAUUGCAGUAAAAUCACGGGGAAUCUAGUUCGCCAUCAACUCAAGGUUGACCCUGAAUGGAUUACAGACAUCGAAUGGGAUGAAGUCUUUGAAAUUCCCGAGACGGGUGGUGUCCAGGUCACCAUGCUUCCUGCUAAUCACUGCCCUGGAAGCUCGUUAUUUUUGUUUGAAAAGGAAGUUGGCAAGGGCCCUAAACGAAAAAUUCAUCGCAUACUUCAUUGCGGUGACUUCAGGGCAAGCCCGGCGCAUGUACGACAUCCUCUGCUCCGGCCUGAUGUUGUCGAUUCCUUGACUGGGAAAACUAAGCAACAAACGAUCGAUGUUUGCUACCUCGAUACGACAUAUCUUAACCCCAAAUAUGCAUUUCCAAAUCAGGAGGAUGUUAUUACUGCUUGUGCAAAUGUAUGUGCAAACCUGGAUAGCAACGAGAAUAAAGAUGUUGGCCAGGCGACACACGGUCCAAAGACCACUGUCAUGAGAACUAUGGCGGAUUUUCUCUCCAAAAACCCAGAAUCACAAACCCAACCUGGCCACCUACGGUCCAAAUCCGCCGACCGCUUACUUGUCGUCGUUGGAACCUAUAGUAUUGGCAAAGAGCGCCUCUGCAUUGCUAUUGCGCGUGCUUUGAAUUGCAAAAUAUAUGCACCAGCGGCAAAACAAGGGAUAUGUGCUUGUUUGGAGGAUGAGGAACUCUCUGGUCUACUUACGUCCAACCCUAUUGAAGCCCAAAUUCACAUGCAGGCUUUAAUGGAAGUCCGGGCUGAAACGCUUCGAGACUAUCUUCUUUCGUUUAGACCACAUUUUUCACGGGUUGUUGGAUUCCAGCCAACAGGAUGGAACUAUCGGCCGCCGGCAGGAAGAAUUACAGAUAGUCCCCCAGUCUCCUCAGUGUUAUACUCUGAUUCUUGGCAAUCUCGGUUUAAUGCAAGGGACCUAAUCCCGCAACGUGGAAGCAAUCCAGAGAGCACCUGCUACAUGGUGCCUUACAGCGAGCAUAGUUCUUUUCGGGAGUUGACCAUGUUUUGCUGUGCUCUAAGGAUUGGAAGAGUGAUCCCUACUGUCAAUGUCGGUAGUAAAAAGAGUCGGGAUAGAAUGAAGCGAUGGGUAGAGAAGUGGGAAGCAGAGAAACGGAAAAACGGAUUGUAUAAGGUGGAUGAUGAAGCAACUCGAUGUGCUCCAGAUUCCCAUUUACAGGUCUCCCGCCGCUGCAAGCAUCUCCGUCUCUUGCACCCGAGGCCAGCUCUAAGUCACGUGUCGGCCCCAUUCGGUUUGACGGCUACAUCGACCACAUUACCACCCAUGGAUAUCGGCAUGGGCAAAUAA